CUUUACUAAAAGAAAAACUGAUCAAAUUCAUCUCCAGAAAUAUAUUAUUGGAAUAAUACAACACAGUCAUAUAGACAACUACAAUAGGAGGUGCUGAGAUGAAUGGAACAUUGUUCAUAUAAAAACAGAAACUUUUGAACAAUUAAGAACAAAUAUGAUCCGAGGCCACACCUUUAAUCCUAACCCAGUGUUCCAGGUGAGAUAAGGUGGAUAAGUUUCACCUCCUGAGGUCAUUAUCCAAAUCAACAGUUGGAGAACAGAGGGGUGAAGAGACCCCCCAGCGUGAAGAGGAUGGAUAUGGGAUCUGUGACAGGAGCAGAGCUCCAGGAAGGAGAGGCCAGGUGUCCAUGAUGGAGGUGAAACCUGCUAGGGUGUAUGGUUUGGAGAAGGACCUGGAGAUGUUCAGAGUUUUAUAAGGAGGUAUCAAACUGGACGUGAUCAGAGAUGACUACGUCUACAGAUAGGUUCAGGUAGGAGAAGAGUUUCAGAGGCAAGCUGAUGAUGAUCUGGGCAUGGAGAGGAGGGUCAGUGAAUAUUAUCUUUUUAAUCAGAAAUGCCAUAUUUUAUUCCUGAUAACUGUUUUCAGACAAGUUUAUUGUCAUUUCUCUUAUUAUUUGUCUAAAUAACAGCAUGUUGAGACAGCGGUCCUCUGGAUCUUCAAUGCAACCAAAAAAUGAUUGAAAACAUAAAAAAAUACAUAGAUGACAACAUAUAAGUGAAAUGGGAUGAAGUGCAGAAUGUUGGCAGCAGUUCAGUGUUUUAACAACUUUUAACAGACAGCGGCGCAGAACAGAUCCUUGACAAAGGCUCCAUUGACCCUUUCAGCUCCCCUCACUAUCCCCUGCAGGGCCUUCCUGUCAGGCAGACUUCAGUAUAAGCACCAGAAGGUCAGAUUCAACUCAGUUCUGGGUUUAUUUACAUGACAGUAAUUCAUAACAAGACGUUUUAUAAGAUGAACAGGUCACACAUAUACAGUCAGAUUCAGUUUAUAAAGCCCGUGUGACUGCAUGUGGUGACAGUGGAGAGGAACACCUCCUAUGUGACAGAGAAAAUGGUAAAUGGCCUGAACUUGUAUAUAUCAAGUCCCCAAAGAGCUUUACAUCACAGUCAGUCAUUCCACCUUUUCACACACUGUGAAUGGAUGGAUGGCAGCUACCAUGGAGCCACAGCUGAACACCAUCAGCAGACAAGGAGGGUGAAGUGUCUUACCGAAGGACACUACUGAGACUGCCAGAGCAGGGGUUUGAACCGGCAACCCACCGGUUACAGAAUGGACCUUGACCACCCUGAGAAGCCUCUAAGCUCAGAGGUUUGCACAGAUUCAACUUAGUGGUCCAAGUUCAAGAAUCAUUUAUGUCUGUCAGGUUCAGAGGUCAUCAUUAAAGGGUUAACAACCAAACAAACCAUCUGAUCAAGAGCAAAGACUAAAAAGGACUAAAAAGGCAGCCAAAGUCCAAAGAAAUGACCUGGAGGAGAACUGCUGAUCAUUAGAACUUCCAUAAAGUUCUGAUAAAGCCUGGAUCAGAGGAAAACGGGCCAAAUGAGAUAGUUUCCUUUCUUGUGUUUCUCUUGUGUUGCUAGCAGCGCCCUGCUGUAGGAUCUGUGCUUUUAUUUUGAAAGGCCGGGCCACACUUUCCCGCCCUCCCUCCAUUUUGGCGCAGCCAGCUUGACGCAGCGGAGCCUCAAACGGAGGCAGAGCGGAUCAAUCUGAGUUUCGGCGGCUGAUUGGGAUUAUGCGGCAGCGCUGACCGCCGUGUCGGAAAUCUUCUCGUUGUUUCCUGGUCGAGUCCAACAAUUGAGUCUCCAGGUGUUUGACCGUCCCUGACCUGAAUGGGCCGUCUCGGGGGUUCACCCUAAUUCCUGGUUCUCCUUCACCUCCCUCCACCUCCUCCCUCCUUUCCCUUCCCUCUCCCUUCCUUCUCCCUCCCUUCCUCCUCACGUCCCGAUCUGAAUCCAGACUCGAACCCGUGUCCUGAUUGGCUGCCGCCACGCCCCACCCCUUACAGGUGGAUGAAUGAAGACUCAAUUUAAGAGCCCAGCGGCCCCGCGGCCCCGAGCAGACGGGGAUGCUGGAUUUCUGUUUUCUGUUUCAGGACAUUCAGGCGUCACUGCAAACAUGAUGAAGAAGAAGAAUCCACACAAGAAGCAGAGAACCAGCGUUGGUCCCAGUAAGACACUGGUGCAGCCCAGAAGGAACAUCGUCGGCUGCAGGAUCCAGCACAUCUGGAAGGAGGGCAAUAAAUCAUCCCAGUGGAAAGGCACGGUCCUGGACCAGGUCCCAGUUAACCCGUCUCUGUACCUGAUCAAGUACGACGGCUUCGACUGCGUUUACGGCCUGGAGCUGUACUCCGAUGAGCGGGUGGUGGGGCUGGAGGUGCUGCCCGACCGCGUGGCUCAGGCCCGGGUGAGCGACUCACUUCUAGCAGAGACGAUGAUCGGUAAGGCGGUGGAGCACAUGUUCGAGACAGAAGACGGUCCCAAGGAGGAGUGGAGGGGGAUGGUGCUGGCCCGAGCCCCCAUCAUGACAACCUGGUUCUACAUCACCUACGAGAAGGACCCAGUUCUGUACAUGUACCAGCUGCUGGACGACUACAAGGAGGGAGACCUGCGCAUCAUGCCCGAUUCCAACGACAACGUGACGGCAGAGCGGGAACCCGGCGAGGUGGUUGACAGUCUGGUCGGAAAACAGGUGGAGUACGCCAAAGAGGACGGCGGGAAGCGCUCGGGAAUGGUCAUCCACCAGGUGGAGGCCAAACCCUCCGUCUACUUCAUCAAAUUCGACGAUGACUUCCACAUCUACGUCUACGACCUGGUCAAGACCUCCUAAGACCAGAAAGACUUCCAGAACAGCAGCCAAGUUUUAGGACAUCCAGAGACUGGAGAGACGAGUUCUUUACUUUCUUGAGAUGCCUUAAAACGAGGGAAACGGUCCCACGUCGUCAUCAGUCACAGUUCUUUCAGAUUUUCUUAAAAUGAAACCAAACUGAUUCAGCUGGAACUCAUGUUGGGUUUCCAGAUUACUGCAGCACAAAUAUCACUCUUUACAAAGCGUCACCAUUCUUUGACUCCAUCCGGAGACCCUGCAGUCAGAAUCCAGAGGAAGAUCUCCUCUGCCCGUUUCCUGAAAUCAUGAUUGCUCCCCCGGGACCUCUGAUACUUGGCGCAGCAGGGGGGCUCUGAUCUCAUCAGAGUUAAUGGCGGAACGAGACGGGAGCAGUCAGCAUCAGGAAAAGGAUCCGGAUCCUGCUCUGCUUUUUGUGCUGGAAGCACCACUGGGUCAUCUUGGCCUCCCAGCUGGAGGAGCUCUGUCCACGUUUCUUGGCUGAGUGAAGAUGUUCCUUCUGAGUGUUAAAAAAUCCACGUCGAUCAGUUUUCCUUGUUUGGUGCCUGCCAGCGUAAAUACAUUUGUGCCAAAAAGAGCUUGACAUUGUUGAACUUUCCUAAUGUUCCACCCCAACCAACUGAUUUUGGUGUUUCUGAAGCAGCACAUUAACAUCUCCAGGAUGAUUCCACUUUAUAAUGUUUUCCACAUGUUGUCUGUCCCUGCAGCCUCUCUUCUAUAUGUGGACAAUCAUGACUUCGUAAAACCAGUGAACAGCGAGUUUUAGACCCUCUCUGGUAUUUUCAGGAUCUGCUUCUGAACGUUGGACUACGGAAGGUUACAGAAACAGAUUUGACCCUGUUUCAGAUUCUGGAGCAGAUCCUGUAAAAUGAGAGAAAAAGGUUUCCCUGAAAGAUCCUGAAAAGCAAGAUCAACAUAUCCUGGAUUUCCUGACACAGUGUGCUGAUCCAGAGACAAUCUAGAGUUGCUCAGUUCUUCUGCUGCUGUUGUAGAGUUUACAGUGUUCCUUGUUGUACAGUGAUCAUGUGUUGAUAUCAGAAGGCACAAACAGAUCUCCUUGUUUAUCUGUUCUUCCAUGUCUGUUCUGUCCUGUGGAAGCUGUUUCAUUCCCAGUCGGCUGUAGGAUGCUGUUGAUCUUGUAGGUAUGAAGAUGGUUUAUGAGUCCUGUGUGCUGCUGACAGAUCUGGACCUGUUUGACUCUGGAUCUCUGUAGCUAUCUGUGAAACAGAAUCCAGUCGGGGGAGUUUGAAGGAAAUCCUGCCCCUGUCUCUGAUGUAGCCCAUUUUUUCAUUUCAUACAACCAGCGACUGAAGCAUUAACAGCCAUGUUGCCUGAUCCACAUCUCAUGUGCCUGAAGGGACUAAAUCUAGAACAUUCCUGCUGGCUGGGUUUAGAGCAUUUCUGUUCCAGAGCAUCUUAUCAUUGCUCUAGCUUUCUUUUUCUGUUUUGUUCGAACCUAACUGAGCUUUAUGUUUAAACCCUUUCUGGUUUUAGAAUCUAGAUUCCUAACAUGUUCCCUUAGAAGUUGCAGUUAAUUGUGUCCAGUCUCCAUUCUCCUCCUGCUCUAGACCACCUUAGGUUGGAUUCUUGUCCAGAGCAAGUCCUAAGGGCACAUUUUAACAUAGAAAGCCCAGCAAUCAUGUUUUUAGUUUCGAUUCGCUGACAUUGAAAUCUGUUAAUUCUGAGACAUGGAAACACAAAAUCCAAAUAUCUAGAGCAGUUUGGCUUGGUGCGAGGGUGCAAGUAAAUGAAGACAGGGUGCUAAUGUUGAAAAUGUUUUUAGGUUGAAUGUCCUAAAAUCUAAAACUGCUUGGAAAACUAGCUCUAGAAACCCCCAAAUCUGGAGCUAAUCUAGUUAGGAUCAGGUGCUGAUCUAGUUUGGAUAUGGAGCUAAUAUGGUUUAAUCUGGUUUGCUUCUGGAGUUCAUCUGGUUUGGAUCUGGAGCUAAUCUGGUUUGGGUGUGCGCAUCAACAGUAUGGAGCAGGGGUCUAAACGUGCUUUUAAUAAAUUUAAGCUGCAGAUGAAGCAUUUUUUUAAGAUUUGGUUUACGGGAUUUUUAUAUAUACAGUUCAAUAAAAAUUGUGUUCUGGUUCUAGAGCAUGGGCGCAGCUGUGUUGCUUCCAGAACUGUUAGAUCUUUUUCAGGCUCGAACCUUCUUUUCUGGAACCUCACUUUACUGUAUGUUGGGAGUAAUUAGCUUUGUUUUGGACUCCAGAAGUUUUUUAUUUCUGUGAUGUUUGUUCUGAGGUCCGUUUACAUUCAGUGUGACCGAAAAUGUUAAUGUUCUGAGUCUUUAACUCAAAGUAAAACCUGAACAUUUGUGGGUGUUUUUUCAUUAAUAUGUUCAGAUUCUAGAACAUGCUAAGGGCUGUAGUUCAGAACACUAAAACCAAUAAAAAUGUUCUGCUUCUGGAGGAUACCUACCUGGAAUGUAUGUUAUGUGUUUUCACUGUAAUCUGCUUUAAAAUUAAAUAACUUUUGUUCUUCGCUGAGGGGGAAGGCUGCUCAGCGUUUAAUAAUUCUAGAUAUUUGCUCAUGUUGGAUUUCAGAUGAAGUAGUUCUACCCCAGUCUCCUGAUCUUCCUGACCUAAUGCGGUUUUUGCACCCCUCAAACAUAUAGUUCCUACGUUCUUGCCUUGUGAAUUUUAGUGCAUCAAUGUUUUACUUAACAUAACAAAUUCAAAGAAAAUAAAAGGUUGAACAUUAAUGCUUGAUAAUUGGCAAUCCUGAAAAGUCCUGGCAUCAGUGACUACAUUCAAGUUUGUCUUUAUUUCAGGAUCUGUUUUUACAUUCUAGAGAUUUCUGCCUAUCCUCUGGACCGUGGACAUCCGUGGAGUUUUAGAGCAGGACCCUCAUUUUUACUCUUGUCCCUGGAUGUCUGAGUACAGCCGUCAUUUAGAGAACAGGGACAGAACUUUUAAACUCUGAUCAGGACCAAACAUAAAGCUUCUGAAAACGUUGGCAUCUACAAAUAUCUCACUGCUCUAGAAACUGUAGUAUAACCUCAGAGAUCAUAUUGUUGUAUGUGAAAUGUCUAUUAGGGGAUUGGAGAGCUUCUGUCUUUAGUUUUAAGGUUCAGAUUCUAGAAUUUGUUAUAAAUCGAAGUGUUUGUGGAGUCAUAUUUGUAAUUCUAGAACUAAUCUAACUUCCAGGGGGGGCACAGGUAGCAUUUUCUUCUGGAUUAUAGUUGAUAAUAAUAUAAAACCCAGAACAUAGAUAUUGAACGGCUCCAGAGGCAAUAAUCUAUAUUCCUUUAUUUCAAAAGAUGAUGUUUCAUGGCUAAAACUCUGUGAUCAAAACUUUUUCUGCAUUCUGAAAUCUGAUUUUAUUUUAUUACCCAUCUAGAUAUUCUAGAAAGAAUCUGAAAAACAGAACCUCCAUGCUCUAAUUUCAGAGCAGAUGUAAAGUGGUUAAGUGGUGAAAGGAUUUAAGCGGUUCUAGAACAUUCUUAAACAUCUUAAACAUGGAUUGUCUGAAUAUUCCAGAGUGUGGAUGUAACUUUUACCGCUUAUUGUCCAGAUAUUUGAUUCUAGGGUGUGUUGCUUGCCACUGUGAAAAAUAGUACCACUACCAUGAGUCCUGAUGCUGCCCCAAACGUGUAUGAAGAGAAGUUAAAGAUGUUCAUGGAUCCAGAUCCUGUGAUUGUGUCAGGAAUCUUCAACAUGAAGCUUUGCAUCCAGAGAAAAUGCUGAAAGUCUGGCGUUCUGACUCUGGAGUGCAUCAGAUGUUUUUACGUAUGCAUGUUAUCAGCUCUGAAACAUUUGCUCCACAUUUAAAUCACUCAUUGUGAUUCUAGAAGCUUACGUUAGCCCGCUGCUGCUCUAGAAUCACAGGGAUUUCCUUGGGAACGUAAACCAUGAUGAACCUGCCCUAACACCGCUGACUUUGCAGAUGUGAUGUUUGUAAGGAUAAAGCAGGGUCCGUUUGAUCUGAUGGUUGUUAUUUUCCAGAAAACUUUGGAUCUGUUGUGUGAUUGGAUGUGCGUGUGUGCUGUUGGUCCGCCUCUGUUCAGAUGGUGUUACUGCAUGCUUCUAUAGCUCUGUGUAAACUGGUGUGUGUUGCAUGUUUGUAGUUUUCCGUUGUUCAGUUGACGCCUGUCUGUUGUGGCUUUUGGUGCCGCUUGUUUUUUAAUUUCCUGGUUUAUUUUGUACCUUUAGCCCCCCAUGGUGGGAGCACCUAUGGGUUGUUGGAUGAAAGAAAAAUGAAAACGAGAGCGAACUCAUCCCCCGACAAACAGAAGAGACAGUUUAACAGGUGAACUUGUGAACAUGUUGCAGAGGUGACGAUGACUGUAAAUUUGAUGUUUCAGAGUGCCAACUGCAGCUGCCAGUGUUGUACAGCAGUGUAAAGCUCACACUAUUUACAUGAAUAAAAACCUGUUUUUUUCA